AUGUCCUCCAGCGCUGAAUUAAUACGUUGCAUCACACUUUACGUUGGUUUACCAGUAUUUAGCAUUGGUACAGUAGGUAAUUUGCUCAAUAUUCGCUAUCUAUGGCGUACACGUAAUAAUCCAUGCGCGUUUCUAUUUUUGGUUGGAUCGAUUGUUAAUUGCAUUGUACUAUUCUAUGGUCUACUAACACGAAUUCUUAGUGUAGGUUUCAAUCUUGAUUGGUCGACGACAAAUGUCGGUUGGUGUAAGACUCGUAUAGCAUUUACACAAGCGAGUUUUCUAAUUUCAUUAACUUGUGUUUGUUUGGCAAGUUUCGACCGAUUGUUUUCGAGUUGUAGACAAGAAAAAUAUCGACGGUUGAGUCGAUUAUCACUUGCUCGAAUAUCAGUUCUUCUAACCACUGUUCUAUGGCUUGGCCAUUCCGUACCUUAUUUAGUCUACGCUGAAUUGAUCAGUAACUCCAACACGGACAGUGUCUCUUGCUCACUUCUACCAAAUAAAUCGUAUGCGACCUAUCGAACAUAUGUUGCACUACCUCUCUAUCUUGGUGUAUUUCCAGCGAUGAUUUUAAUCGUAACAGGCAUCUUAACAUAUAGAAAUACCAAUCAUUUACGCCAAGGCCAACAACGUCAAUUGAUCCAAAAGCAAUUGACAACUGUCAUGCUCUUACAAACGCCAUGUAUACUCCUUUCAACUUCACCAUAUGUCGUCUUUACAGUAUAUUUAACACUUACCACAGCAGUCGUGAAAAGUGCUGAUGUGAAAUCAAUGGAAAAUAUACUAUCAAGUGUCUUCACAUUGAUCUUCUACUUCGCGUUCUCCUGCCAGUUCUUUAUUUUCUACAUCUCAACGAAAUCGUUUAGAGAAGAAAUGAAGAAUUUUAUCUUACACAAGAGAACAAAUCGUGUUCGACCCAUUUCAUAA